UAUAUGCACGUACGUCCGCAUUCAUCUAUGUUCUACAUGCAUUUUCUCACAUGGACGGGGAUCGUCUUCAUAACCUUGAUCUCUGCAGGUGCAAAUGGCGAACGUGACGAGGCUGUGCGCCAGCAAGAGCAUCGUGACGGUGAACGGGGAGUACCCCGGCCCGACGCUGGUGGCGAGGGAGGGCGAUCGCGUGCUCGUCCGCGUCACCAACCACGUAGCGCACAACAUGACGCUGCACUGGCACGGCAUCCGGCAGCUGCGGAGCGGCUGGGCCGACGGGCCGGCGUACGUCACGCAGUGCCCGAUUCAGACGGGCCAGAGCUACGUCUACAACUUCACCGUCACCGGGCAGCGCGGCACACUCUGGUGGCACGCGCACAUCUCCUGGCUACGCGCCACCGUCUACGGCGUCAUCGUCAUCCUUCCCAAGCUCGGCGUCCUUUACCCCUUCGUUGCGCCACACAAGGAAGUUCCAGUUCUCUUCGGUGAGUGGUGGAGGGCGGACACGGAGGCACUGGUCAGCCAGGCGCUCCGGACGGGCGGCGCCCCAAAUAUCUCAGACGCUUUCACCAUCAAUGGCCUCCCUGGGCCGCUAUACAACUGCUCCGCUAAAGACACGUUCAAGCUGAAGGUGGAACCUGGGAAAACAUACCUACUGCGCCUCAUCAACGCUGCUCUCAACGACGAGCUAUUCUUCUCCGUCGCCAACCCGUCUGUAUCGUCUGCGUCACCAACCGCGUAGCGCACAACAUGACGCUGCACUGGCACGGCAUCCGGCAGCUGCGGAGCGGCUGGGCCGACGGGCCGGCGUACGUUACGCAGUGCCCGAUUCAGACGGGCCAGAGCUACGUCUACAACUUCACCGUCGCCGGGCAGCGCGGCACGCUGUGGU